CAAUUUUUGUGGUUGUCGCGUUACUCCCCUCCUCCUUACAAAAGGGGGGGCUGUAACAAGUGGGGGCUUGUCCGGGAUCAUUUUCCCUGAGCUGUAGACAUCCACAUUAAUUUGAGAGAUCCUUGUGUCUGUUCAGAAAUGAGCUUCAGCUUAGAGGAGUUCGUACAGGCUCCUAGCCACGAACAGCUGGAACUGUGUCGUAAGGACGACUUGUUAUGUUUGGCUGAGCAUUUUGACAUUUCAGUGAAAAAACAUUUUUCAAAAGCUGAAAUCAAAAACAUUGUUGUUCAAAAACUGAUUGAAAUUAAAGUCCUAGCGGACUCGAGUAAAAUGGAUAUAGAUGUUUGUGAUCAUCCUUCUGUUGAUCUAGGACUCCCUUCGUCAAAAGAUGAAGGAGCUGCUGUAAUGGCAACUCCCCCAAAGGGGUUGGCAGAGGCACAGGCGGCCCCUGCGACUUUACCACGGUUCAAUCCGGUGUCACCAGAGCUCAGUGGCUCCAGUGGUAGUGUCAAACUCAAGGUUCGGCUGGCUCGCCUACAGCUGGAGGCACAGGAGAGGGAGUUGGAGGAAGCCCAGGGGAAGAAGGUGGCAUAUAUGCUUCUUGAUGGUCUUCUGUUGCGACGCUGGGCUGGUGAAAACCUAGAAGACUGGAGUGCCAUUUAUCAGGUGGUUGUACCAACAAGGUUUCCUGAGGCUGUGCCCCUACGGAGGAUUACAGCUCCCAUGGUCACGAAAGCUCUGGUAAAGUUUUUUUCAUUAUUCGGGCUUCCCAAGGUUGUCCAAACUGACCAGGAUUUCAGUCUGCCAUUUAAACUGGACAUAGAUGCCAGUGCUGUUGGGGUAGGAGCUGUCCUUCUACAGGAUGAUAAAGACGGCAUAGAGCAUCCUGUAGUGUGGAAGUAA